AGAGCUUUCACGCAGUUCUUUAUACGUCAAGCCGGCUGGCUUGAUAUAUUCUGGGGACGUGCUUUUUGGUAUAGGCGAUGAUCUGAGAAAUUUCCAAGACUCCGCGACAUGGCCCUCGACCCCUCCAGCGGCUAUGUUGCUGCGAGCAACUUGCAAGAUCUCGGCGAAGUUUCCCUGCCUAUAUUCAACGUUGAAAGGGUUCCAUUUCAGUUUGCUAUUUCCUCCGAUUUUGUCGCCGCUCAAGUAGCCAAUAAUGUUUUGGUGCUUGCCCUUUCAACGGGGCGGAUCUUGAGAAUUGAUCUCGAUCAUGCUGAAGACGUGGAUGAUAUCGACCUUCCAAAGCGCUCGUCGGAGAUUGGCAUAAUCAGGCGCAUGUUCCUGGACCCUACAGCGUCUCACUUGAUAAUUUCAACAACACUUGGAGAGAACUUUUACCUGCAUACACAGUCAAGACAGCCCAAGGCACUUUCCCGACUCAAAGGGACUCUUGAGAGCGUUGCAUGGAAUCCCUCCGAGCCGACUGCCUCGACGCGAGAAAUUCUGGUCGGUACGACAGACGGAAACAUAUAUGAGGUCUACAUUGAGCCGUCUACCGAAUUUUACCGCAGAGAAGAGAAAUACCUGAAGGCUGUUUAUAAGACUACGGAAGGCCCCGUCACGGGACUUUGGGUUCAAUCUGUCGAUGGCAAACCAGAUCUUCGGAGAGUGCUUGUAGCCACGCCUGAAAGCAUAUCUCACUUUAUUGGACGCAUCGGAAGACAUGGACACGAAGGGGGCGGCUCUGUUUUUACGAGACUAUUUGAAACCGAGACGCCCACACGACAUGAUAUUUCCAGGGUCGGCGAUGCGCCGCUGGCGAAGCUAGUCAUUUCCCCUGAGCCGGUUGAUGAUGGUGGGGCUGAUGUUUUCAACUCGGAUCGUGUUUUUGCUUGGCUUUCGUCUCAGGGUGUGUUUUACGGCAAGCUUUCCGAUGGCUCCUCUGCACCAGGUAGUAGAAGCAAUGUCUUCCAGGAUUCAAAGCUUUUACCACGCUCGCAGUUGCCUGCAUCGGAAUCGAAUGGUGGACGGCGCAAGGCGUCGGCGGAGCCGAUUGCUUCAAUUGCGCUGACACAAUGGCACAUUCUGAAUCUUAUCGAAGGAAGAGUUGUGGCGGUCAACAGGCUGGACGAGUCAACUGUGUAUGAUCAAGUUAUGCUCGAGGCUGGACAAAGUAUUAUUGGAGUUGAAGCCGACCUCAAGAAGAAUACAUUUUGGGUUUUUACAAACCGGGAAAUCUUCGAGGUUGUUGUCACUGACGAGGAUCGAGACGUGUGGAAAGUCAUGCUGAAGGAUCAGCAAUUUGAUGCAGCGCUGCACUAUGCGAGAACCACUGCGCAGAAAGACGCCGUAGCAACGGCGUCUGGAGACUAUCUCGUAAGUCGAGGAAAAUUCAUGGAGGCUGCUGGAAUAUAUGGCAAAAGCAACAAGCCUUUUGAAGAGGUUGCAUUGAUAUUUAUCGAUCAUGGCGAGCAAGAUUCGUUGCGAAAAUAUCUCUUGACCAAGCUCUCGGGCUUUAAGAAAUCCUCGAUAAUGCAGCGGGUCAUGGUUGCUAGCUGGCUUGUCGAGGUUUUCAUGUCCAAACUAAAUGCGCUUGAUGACACAAUCACAACAAAGGCCGAGCUGUCAGAGAACACCAAUACAGCCGAAACCAAGACACAGCUUUCGCAGCUGCGAACGGAAUUCCAAGAGUUUGUCACCAAGUACAAAUCUGAUCUUGACCGCAAGACGGCCUACGACAUUAUCAGUAGCCAUGGCCGCGAAGAGGAGCUUCUCUUCUAUGCCUCUACGGUCAACGACUACAACUACGUUCUUGCCUACUGGGUGCAACGGGAAAAGUGGGCAGAAGCUUUGACGGUGUUGAAGAAACAGACAGAUCCCGACAUCUUUUACAAGUACAGCAGCGUCCUGAUGAAAAACGCAUCUGUGGAAUUCAUUGAUAUCCUCAUGCGACAAAACAACCUCGAUCCGCGAAAACUCAUUCCCGCCCUUCUCAACUACAAUAAGGAUGUCAAAGUUUCCAUCAAUCAGAACCAAGCAAUACGUUACCUUCUCUUUGUCAUCAAUCAGCACCGGUCGACCGACUCCGCCGUUCACAACACGCUCAUCUCCAUCUACGCUUCUCACCCAUCUCGCGACGAGUCCGCCCUUCUAUCAUACCUCGAAUCCCAAUCCCAGCAGCACGAGCGGCGGUACGACGCCGAUUUCGCUCUCAGACUAUGCAUCGAGCACAAGCGCGUCCAAAGCUGCGUCCACAUCUACAGCUCCAUGGGGCAGUACUUACAAGCCGUCGAGCUGGCACUCAACCACGGCGAAAUCGACCUUGCCAGCGUCGUCGCCGACCAACCAGACACUAACCCAGCAUUGCGGAAAAAGCUCUGGCUAGCCGUCGCGAAGAAAGUCAUUUCCCAAAGCGACGGAAUCAAAACGGCAAUCGAGUUCCUCAAGCGAUGCGAGCUACUCCGCAUCGAAGACCUCAUUCCUUUCUUCCCGGACUUUGUCGUCAUCGACGACUUUAAAGAGGAAAUAUGUACCGCCCUCGAAGACUACUCGCGCCAUAUCGAUAUCCUGCGCAAGGAAAUGGACGAGAGCGCCAGCACAGCGUCCAAUAUCAAGGCCGAUAUCCGCGCCCUCGAUCGCCGCUAUGCCAUUGUCGAGCCCGGCGAGAAAUGUUAUAUCUGCCAAUACCCCUUGCUCACGCGCCAGUUUUUUGUCUUUCCGUGCCAACAUGCCUUUCACAGCGACUGUCUCGCCAAGCGCGUCGUCGACUUGUCGGGUGUCAGUAAAGGCCGUCGUGUACGUGAGCUGCAGGCAGAAGUCUCCCGCGGAGUCGCCGGGCCGAAACGUGAGCGCGCAAUGAAGGAGCUUGAGAAUCAUAUUGCUUCUGCUUGUAUCCUCUGCAGCGAAUACGCCAUCAAACUCAUCGACGAACCGUUUAUUACUCCCGCCGAUGACCGGAAUGAGUGGGCUCUUUAGUCACUUUUUCCUUCUUCCUUUUGAUAUCUUAUUUGUACACUACUUUCCUUUUCCUUUGAUAUCUUGUACACUACUUUUUCUUUUGUCAUAUUACUCCAGCAGCACAAAGCAGCGGGCGUUGACCUUUUCCUCCAUCUUUCCUUUCGCAUCUUCUAUAUUCCACUUCUAUUUUCCAUUUCCUCCCGACAUCCCCCUAUCGGUAUACCGUCAUAUCAUAUCAUAUAUCGUCUCGUCUCAUCUCAUACCGUACUAUACCGUACUGUACAGUAUCAUACCCUCCAGCUACACUUAAAGUUCUUAAUCAGACUCAUACUCAUACUCAUCAUCAACAUGCAUCAUCGUCUUCAUUAAAUCCGCGGGUACCUUUCGCCUGGGCCUGGCCUGGACCAAAGUACUCUAAUGCAUUCCCUGUUCUACGACCACGCAUCAUAAAAAAUCUUCUCUAUCCGAAGUAAAAUAGU